UUGAAGUUUAUUUGAUAAUUAAUAAUUUACAAUGCAAUCCACGCCAUCUUUAAUGUAAACCUUGCUGGAGACGGAAGUGUCUGUUGCCGUUGAGAAAAUAGUAAACAUUCCACGCCAUUAUAUGACUACCAUAAGACGCCAUGCAUGUUGCACGUUUUUGUCAAUUUACUCUGAAAGUACUUAUUCAAAAUCUUAAUUGUUUCUGAUUCUUACUUUUCCAUCCAGGGUAAUUCAACAAAGGAGGCUGACCCUAAGUUGAAGACUUGAUGCUUAUAUCUGAACUCAAAAUAAAGUAGUGAGGAUUUUAAGUGUGAUUUGCAGAAACCUAGUCAACACUGUAGAUCAUAUUUUGCAGCCAUGUAGAGACUAGAGAGAAAGGUUGAACUCAAACGUGAGUAUUAUUAUAAUUUAAUUUCUUUACAUAUUAUUUUCCCAUUUAGUUGCUUAGUGUUAUUUUAAUGAGACACUGAUAUUAAAGAAAGAAUGAAGCAUGUUGAUAAUCUGUCUGUAGAGCAAGAGAUCUGGUACAGUUAAGAGUUUUGAUAUAUUUUGAAAGUAUUUAAGAAAUAUAUUUGGGUAAAAAGAGAGGUAACGUGUGUUGUGCAUGAAUUUAUGGCAAUGGUGGUGGACCGGAGAAGGUUAAUGCAGCCAGAGAGAAGUAAAUACAUAUGGGUGUGCAAUAGUUCUUCGCUUCCCACCCAUACUAACCAGACAAAAAAAAAGAAUCUGGUUUUUACUAAGCUCUGGUGUUACAAUGUGGCAUUAAAAGGUUUCACUUGAGAAUCUUCAAUGGGGAGAGAGAGAGAGAGAGAGAGAGAGAGAGCGGUCAUUAGGGUUCAUGACUGGCUUGAGGUUUUCAAAAGCAGAAAGAUAGAGAGAGAGAAAGCAGUAAGACCAUUAAUAGUUGCAGGCGGCCAGUGUCCCCAUCUCCUUCUGCGAGAUUCCCUCAUAUUUAUUAUAGAGAGCAUCUUCGAUGUUGUUUUAACUUCUUCCUCCAAUCUUUUUUGGUUAUAGUAUAUAUUAUUUUUAAAAAUGUUAUGAACCUCAAGAAGGAAAGGCAUAGGAACAGACAAAGGAGUUUUGGUUCUCAUUGCAUAGCCAGUUUAGUUUGAAUCGAUGGAUACAUGUGUAAUGGAAGUUAAAAUAAGGAGAGAGAGUAAAGAGAGAGAGAGUGAAGAGGGUGGUGACCUAGCUUUUGUGCAUUGGUAGUAGAUGUGGUUUUAAUGCUCCAUACCUUCCAUUGCCUUCUCUCAUCAUACCCCUAAUUUAAUUCCCUCUCUCCUUUAUAACUCCCACCACAGACAUUCUCACUUUCUCCUCACACUUCCCCUCACACUGUCCAUCUUUCUUUAUUUUCAUCUAUAGGCUUCCUCUCAACCAGCACGAAAGAGUCCCCUUUGAUAUUGGCCUGGUUCAUUCAGAUCUUCUUGAACCAUAUAUGCAUUCUCUUUGAUAUCUGAUUGAGCCGCGCCAAUAUCUCAGUGCUCUCUCGUAGAUCUACCUCUGUUUUUGUUUCUUGUAGAUCAUCUACCUCUUAUAUUAAUUGAGUUUUGCUUAUGUGUGUUGAAAAUGGAGAAACUCUGUUGAUGGUUUUAUUGAUGCAAACUCUAUAAAGGUAACUGAUCUUGCUUAUAACUUUCAGAUUCUUUAGAUUCAAGUCAACUACCAGAUAAUAUAGUGUCUCUCCAUGGAAGCCUUACCCUUUCUUCCCAUCCAAGGUACCCCUAGCUUCGGUCCCAAGUAUAAAUCUCUUCCACUGCUUGUGAUUCGCUUUGCUUUAUAUAAUCUAUGGAUCCUUUUAGAAUGUAUAUUUCUUACUACUUUCCAUGAAAUAAGUUGAGAGAAUGUCAGCUAGACUGAUGAUGUUGUUUAUGAGUAAAGUUGCAGGUUAUUAGGGUUAACUAGUUACAUAUACAAAAGUCACAAAGCGGCCGGUGAGUUUGCUUAAAAGCACAAUGGUGUUAUGUAGAUGUCACAAGCACAGGAGAGGUAGAAUUAGAAACAAUGGCAAACUUUAGAGUUAGUUCAUGGGAAUUAAUGGGAGAGAAUCUGACGAGCACGAGCAUGCAUAUAAGAUGAGGCUAUUCUAGGCAGCUUGUCUCCUCACAACCACUCCUUUCGCCACCGCCUCUUUGAGUGCUCUAAACGCUCUCCUUCCCUACACCACUAGCAAUGGUCAACUUUAAACAAAGGAUUUAACAUUUGCACCCAAAAGAAAAACUUAAAACAAGGUUUCGAAUUGAAAUGUGUUUAUCUCUUAGCAGGUGAGCUCUGUAGUAAGCUUGGAUUUUAAUGGCGGCAAUGUCUUUUUUAGUUGUGAUAUUUCUGUGAGAUCGGCUAAGAAGUUUCCUCCUUACAAUCUUUUGGGUUGGCCAUGUUGGGAAAGCCUUGUCUUCUGCUUUGGUUUUGUUUUAAUAAACAGAAACGUGGAGAAGGAAACGUAAACAGUAAAUAAAAGUGAAGACGUUGGCUUUAAGGGAACGAGAUGAUGUGCUCUCCAUUUUUAUUUGUUUAUCUUAAGAUUCUUAACGAACGAACGUGCUCGCAUGCUCGUUUCUUUCUAGUUUCUACUUGAUUAUGUUUGCCUUUUGUUUACUACUUUUGAAGACAAGAAAAGUGUUUGGUCUUCUUUUUACAUUUACUUAAUAGUCCUGUCAACAAAAUAAAGGAAGGAAGCUUCUUUAGAUUUUUGACUUGAACCGGAGUUGAAGACGAUCAUUAUAUACUUUAUUUAUUAUUUUGUUUUUAAUCACGUUAAAGUUUUUUUAUAUUUUCCAGUAAAGUUUACCAUCAAUUUUUUUAUAUAUUUCAAUUUAUAUUUUAGUUUUUAACUAAAAUGCAUUUAUCAAAAUGUAAAAAAAAACAAUAUUUCAAAUACAAAAUAGAGCAUCAAUUUAAAUUCGACGAAUUUUUAUAUAAGUAAAUUUAAAUAUAUAUAAACAACUCACAAAGUGACACAUAUUUUUGAAUCUCAUAAUUUUAUUGGAGUUUAGAAAAAUAUAUUUUAAAUUUUUUAAUUAUUUUAAUACUGAGUACUUAGGCAGAAAUCCAAGUGCUAAUGCUUAUAUUUCAAACUAAUUAAAUUAAAACACUUUAAAGAAAAUUCAUUGUUCUUAUUUUCGAGUAUUUAAUAGACAUGGAAAUGAUACGCAAAUAGAUUGGACGAAACCCAGCUCAGUAUUAUCAUAGGCUCUAAAGUCUAAAACAAACAAAAAAUAGAUUUAUUUUAUAUGUAUUUUAGUACUUUUUUCCUUUUAUAUAUUUUUAAUAAAUCUAUAUAAUAAAUGCCAACAAAAUAAAGGAAGGGAGAUUUACAACUAUAAAUACUCUCUUCGAACAAGAGGAAGAGAAAUAGUUUCUAUAAAUAACACUUUCAUCUUUUAUAUUUUAUUUAAUUGUCUUAACUCAACAGAAGAUUUCUUUAGAUCGAUUGAAAACUAUAAAUACGAUACUAUUAACUUUGUCUCAAAAAUCACUUGAUCAUAAGUAGAGUUUUUUUUUUAUAUAUUCCAUAUAUUUGUUCUCAGUCCAGUUGAAAUUUAGACUCAACAGACUCUAACUCAACCAUCAGAACAUAAUUAGGAAACCGUCGUAUCGUUUUGAUAAGUUGUCUGGCCGCUAGAUUUGGAUUUCAAGUCCGUUCAUCCUCCCCAAGUUGAAAUCGGCUUCUCGGAACCAUUUUGCAUAAAUAACUAAAUCUAAAGGCCCAUAGCUUUCCAAGUUUUCUAUAUGGGCCUAAUUUUCAAAAAUAGGCCCAACUAAAGUAAGAUGUUCAAACACAAUCUGUUUUCAUCUCCAUCGUCUUGUUUGCGGCUCAAGAGAAAUUCAGGCAAUGGCCAACUAAUAAUCUCUACUCGCUCUGUCGAGUUUGGACAGCAAGUCUUCAAGAUUGCAUCUUAUUCUGUCUUGGUGCGCGAUUCUCCCUGUCUCUCUCUCUUCCAAUGUUUGCCUGAGAGAGAGAGAGAGAGUCAACCAUGGGCGUUUGCUGUCCUGUUAUUCGAACCAGGGACCGUCUUCUCCUGAACCUUCCUUGCCUCUCUGAUCCUGUAGGAAGAUCUUCUCUGUUUCUGAAAUUGGCACUAGUUGCUCUCCACCUCGUCUUCAUCGGCUUCCUUCUCGUUUGCGAUGCUCAAUUCAUCGAGAAAACUAGGCUACAUCCAUGGUACAUGUCCUCUUACUUCUUCUUCUUCUCUGCCACACUUGUCCAGUAUUUCGUCACUUCUGGCUCUUCGCCUGGGUAUGUUAUUGAUGCAAUGAGGGAUGUUGACGAAACCAAUGCAAUAAUGUACAGAAACGCACCUACCACAUCUUUCGAAGGCAUACAACAUGCUUCCAGAAAAACUGGGAGCGUAGUGAUUACUGUCGAAGGAGAAUCAGCAUCAGGUGGCAGAAGGACUCCAAGUUCCUGGCAGAAGAUGGUUAUGGACUUGUACCCUCCUGGAACCUCUUUAAGAAAUUUGACAUGCGGGUAUUGCCAUGUGGAGCAGCCUCCGCGAGCCAAGCAUUGUCAUGACUGUGAUCGAUGUGUUCUUCAGUUUGAUCAUCACUGUGUUUGGUUGGGAACUUGUGUUGGCCAGAAGAACCAUUCUAAAUUCUGGUGGUACAUAUGUGAAGAGAGUGCUCUAUCCAUCUGGACACUCAUCAUGUACAUUGACUUCCUGACUAACGUAGCCAAGCCUUGGUGGAAGAAUGCAAUUAUCAUACUACUCCUUGUCGUAUUGGUGAUCUCCUUGAUAUUUGUGCUGCUUCUUUUGCUUUUUCACAGCUACCUCAUUCUGACGAAUCAAAGCACUUAUGAACUUGUGAGACGAAAACGUAUUCCAUACAUGAGGAAUAUGCCGGAACGAGUGCAUCCUUUUAGCAGAGGAAUCAAGAGGAAUCUAUACAACGUCUGUUGCGGCAACGAUACUCUAGACUCGUUGCCCACUGCCUACGAACUUGAGGAUAGAUCAAGAUCCUACACUUGCUUAGAUAUGCUGAAAUGUCGCUGUUGCUAAGUUUUUUUUUUCUUUUUUGGGGGUUUGAUCAGUGAAGGUAACAUGUUUUGUCUUAAAAUAUGAGUGAAGUUGUAUACAUAUAUACACAUGGACUCCAGUGAAUAAAAAUAAAAACUAAUCAUA